AUGACAUUGGAAGAGUGGACUAAUAGUAGCCUAGAAAUUCAACAACACUCUUACUUUGAAGAAAGUGAUAUUGGUAUUCAUCACAGAUUAAGUACUCAAGACUACCAACCUGAUGUCAUUGAAACAUUUGAUUCAGUUUCUGAGCGAUUUGUAACAGUAUUUGGUCAAAAUCGAGUAGAAGUACCCAUAUUCAAUCAAUUUAGAAUCCUUAUCAACUCUCAACAAACCAACUGGAAACAAAAAUAUGGAGCAUUGAUUUGCUUUCCUAAGUUUUGUGAGCAUCUCAAAAAAAGUACUACAAAAAAAAUUUCAAUCAUUUUACAUUUGAUUUUAAAUGUAGUUGAAGAUGAAAAUAUUCGAGUUGUUUGGGCAUCACUCUAUUACUUGGAGGAUUUAGUUUCUCAAUCUAGAGAAAAAGUAUUUUCAACAAUUGCAAGAUCAAUCAGCGCCCUUGAUCCAAAUGAACGAGUUCAAAGAACUUGUUGUCGAUUUAUCCAAUCCAAUAUGCCAUAUCCAAAAGAUAAGAGUAGCAGUGUAGAUGAAACUGCAAUUGAUACUGUUUUGAAGAGAUUGUGUAAUUCGUUUGAACAACUCCUUCAAUCCCCAAUACUAACAGUCUUGGAAAAUACAUUACUAUCAUUCAUAUCAUUUGUAGAAACACAUACAAUAACCAAAAUAUUAAGACCUUAUUUUGGAAAUAUUAUUCCAAUUCUAAUAUCAUUGGUGAAAAAACAUCAUUCAACAAAGGAUUCAAGAUUAUUAUUUUGUCGAUCAAUCAAUGCAUUUGAACUUUCUGGUCAAGUUGUUGGCAAGCUGCUGCAAUAUGGUGAACGCAGUGACAAGACACUCGACUUGUUUGACAAGGCACUCCAUUUGGCACUCUUGCCAAAUCAUCUGGAUGACUGUUAUGCUUUGGAGAAUCGUAUCCGUGUUGGAACAAAUAUCAUUAAAGUGAUGGGAAAUGACUCAAUGACGAUUGAUCAAGUACGAUCAGUGCUAAAUGGUUUGAAAGUAUUUGAAAAAACUUUGAUGGACAAUGCACAACAGGUCAGAGAAGGUAAUCAAGAUGUAAUCAACGAUGAAAAUCCAAAAGACAUACUAUAUUCAAUCGAUGAAGGAGUUGGAGGUAUCUACAAGUUUAUCGGAAAGAUGUUAAAAUUAAACUGCACCAUCACAGCACCACUUAUCACAUCCUCUGAUCUCUUGGACAAGGCUUGUCAGAAAUUAGAUGUCAUUCAAGAUGGAGAUUACUUUAAAAUGGAUAUUUUAUACUUUAUUGAACAGUUCUUUGAUUUUGGUGGAGAAGAAGCAAUCAAUAGAUUUCCACAACUCAUUCCACCAAAAUUGGAGCAGCUGCCAAACUUGGAAAGAAUGAUGGAGCAACCCGAUGAUUUAGAAGAUUUCAUCGAAUUGGUUGUCUCUCUGGCAAAAGAAGAUGAUCAGCAACAAGAGAAAGAGAAGAAAGAUAACAAUAAUAAUAUUUUAAAAUCACAAUCAAAACAACAAUACAAAAACUAUUCUCUAUCUAAUCCUUCUAAACUAGUAUCAAAGUUAAUCUAUUUAAUUGUAAAAGUUCCUUAUCCAACUAUUAAAGAGAAAGCAGUACAGUUACUUGAUAGAUUAUUAGUGAAAGAAGGAAUAAAGUUUAUUGGUGACCUGCCAAAAGUGAUAGUGAAUACAGUCAAGGUUGAGGCAAUAGAGUUACUCAAAACAACUCUUACUGAUACCUUUAGACAACAUUUAUUUAGUAUCAUUGAAUAUUUUGCAAAUUAUUUAGUACCUAGAUGUCUGUGGGAUGAAUUAGAAACAACUUUAGAGUAUAAAGUAAAUGGAAAAGAAGAAUUAUCAACACCAUUACGAGAUAAUACAAUAGCAUUACAAACAUUAUUAUCAAGAUAUGACUUUAAAAUGAAGAAACAAGAAAUGUUGGAGGAGUCGAUCAUCUCUGAUACUUUUCUUAGUGAAUUGUCAGAGAAGCAGUAUAGAUCAAUCAUACCCAUGUUGUUAUCAAUGCUUGUACAAAUAGAUGGGUUAGAUCGUGGAGAAUUUAUAGAUAAUAGUGUUAGAAAUAUCACAGAGAUCUUUAUACAUAGCCGUUCAGGAUUGAGGCAUGAACUCAUUCCACAGAUCAAUGAUACUUUGAUAGAGGUUUUGGAAAGAAAUAGAGAAAAUGGUUUUAGAAACAAAACCAUUAAAAAAAAUAUAUUAGGUUGUUUGACUGUUUUGAUCGGAUCUAACAGCAAUCCUACAAACCCCCACAUUGAAAGAAUCAUCAGUCAUUUGUAUGAGUGGUUGUCAGACGUCCAAGAUUUAUCACUAGAAGAAUGGACAGAGAGUAGUAAUUUAAAUUACAAAUUUAACUUUCACGAAGAAAGGGAAUAUGGACUUCUCCAAAAGAGACCUAUUGGCCGUAAAGACUAUCAAGACGAUGAUAUUCAAGCAAUAGAUAGAAGUAUUGCUCGAUUUAUCGGUGCGUUUGGUCAACCAGUAGUAAAAACUGUAUCAAUACUUGUAUGUAAUCAAUUAAUUCGAUUUUCAAAUUCUCAAUCAUGGAAACACAGAUACGCUGCAUUGAUAUGUUUACCUAAAUUUUGUAAAUACCUCCAAGAAAAUAUUGAAAAUCAAUUUCCUAUUAUUUUAAAGACAAUAUUAAAAUCAACAAAAGAUUCCAAUAUUAAAGUUGUAUGGGCAUCACUGGAUUGUUUAAUUCAAAUUUCUCGUCAAUUUCAUCAAUUUAAAGAAUUGUUGGUUAAAUUCAGAGGUCAAGUAUGCCGAGUGAUUGUUAAAUUAAUUAGUGAUUAUCCAAAUCAACGUAUUCAACAUACUUGUUGUUUAUUUAUUCAAUCCAUAAUGCAGUUAUUAAAACGAGAUGUGGUUGCUUAUAAUAUUGACGAUGUUUUAAAAGCGUUGUCUAGUUCUUUUGAAACACUACUCUUAUCACCAACAAUUUCUGUUGUUGAAAAUUCACUAUUAUCAUUAUUUACAAUCAUAAAUUCUCUUACAUUUAGACUAAAACCUUAUUUUGGAAAUAUCCUACCAAUUCUAUUAUCAUUAUUGGAAAAAUAUCAUGGAACAAAAGAAUCUAGAUUAUUACGGUGUCGUGUAAUCAAGGCAUUUGGACUAUGCGGCAAAGUAAUAGACAAAAAGACAUUUACAAGAUAUUUAUACAUGUUGAUGCAGUUUGUCAAAAAGAAUGAAAAGUCUUUGGAUUUGGUUGUGAUAGAAUAUAUUUUCAAAGAAUCUGGUUCAUUUAUGCAAUUGGUUGGUAACUCAUUUGCAAUCUAUUUACCAAUGAUUAUUAGAAUGAUUAUCAAUAUACUAGAGACACCAAUACUAGAAGAGGAAGAAGAAGAUGUCAAGAGUAUAAUACUUACACUCAAUAACUUGAAAGAUAUUUUGGAAUGGUUUAAUGGAAAACAGAAAACUGCUUAUGAACCUUUGGCACGAUUUUCUCAGAGAUUGAAUUCUCUUUCCAAUUUACCAGCAGUGUUAAAAUUGUACUUGCUUCAUUUUGGAGCAAAAAGUGAAAAGACACUAGAAAUGUUUGGAAAGAUACUCGAAUUGGCACUCACCUAUUGUUCAAUUCAACCCCUCCACUUUAAUAUUUUAGGAGAAUUUAUAAUUAUGGGAGCCAAAGUCAUUAAAGUAAUGGGUAAGGAUUCAAUGACAUUGGAUCAAAUCCAUUCAACCUUGGACAGGUUAAAUGUGAUUGAAAAAGUAUUUUCUGACGACAGAGAUGAAGAUAUCAUUGGAGAUGGACUAUUCUCCACGGGAGAUUCACAACGUUCAAUCUCUCAAGGAAUAGAAGGUAUAUAUAUGACAAUGGGACAUAUGCUCAAACACAAUAGAGCCAUCACAGCUCCACUCAUCACAUCUGAUCAUUUGGAUAGAGCUUGCCAGAUAUUGGAUGGCACUGAAGAUGAAUUCUCGGUCAAGCAGAAUACGCACUAUUUUAUGAUGCAAUACUUCAAGUGCGGUAAUGAAAAUGCUAUCAACUCUUUUCCAAAGGUGAUACCAACCAUUGUCAAGUGUAUGACCUCUGAUAAUAUCAUGGAAAGACAAUUCUCUUCAAUUGCACUUGGAGUGGCUGCACAAAUUGGCAAGGACAGAUUCUCACCUUGGGUAAUCGAUGCAUUACAGGCUUUGGAUAGUAUAGCAUCUGAACCAUACUCUGAAAUAGUUUACAAAGAAAUCGUCAAACAACAUGCCAUAUCUAGUAUUGUUUGUUUAUCUAUUAUUAUGGAGCAACCAGGUGAAGGAUUUAUAGAGAUAAUAGUCAUUUUAGCAAAACAAGAUCAACAUAAACAAAUAAAGAGAGAUAAUAAUAAUAAUAAUAAUAGUAGAGAAGAUGAUUUAAUAUUUGAUCGUUUAUAUUCACAAACAAAAAAACAAUACAAAGAGUACACUUUAUCAAAACCAGAACAAGUAGUAUCAUGGUUACUCUUUUUGAUGGUUAAGGGUACCUAUCCUACUAUUAAAGAUAAAGCAUUACAGUUACUUUAUCGAUUAUUUGACUUGUUUAAAGGACAAUAUUUUAUUAAAUCAUUGUCUGAAGAGAUGGUAGAUGUUGUAAAGAUUGAAACAAUCAAGUUUCUAAAUACAACACUUACAGAGACAAAGAGAUUUCAUUUAUUUAGUAUCAUUGAAUCACUUGCAGUUUAUUUAAGAGGUCUUUGGGAUGAAUUAGAAUCAACAUUGAAUACAUUUGUAAAUGAAAAGGAAGAAGAAGAAGAAUCAAAAUUACGAGAUAAUACAAUGGCACUACUCAAUACAUUUUCAUUCACUAGUAUUCAAAAGGAUAAACAAAAUAUGUUGGUAGAUAUGGUUGAAUCUUUUGAUUUUGCUCGUGAAUUGACAGAGAAGCAAUAUAGAUCAUACAUUCCAAUGCUGCUAUCAAUGAUGGCGGAAAUGGAUGGGUCUGUCGAUGGAGACUUACUCGAAAAGUGUGUAUGCAACUUGACUCGUAUCAUUUUCUACUAUAAUCCAAUAUGGAUGAAAGAUUUUACUGUACACACCAUUGACACAUUGAUAGAUGUAUUGGAUAGACAUCGUGAAAAAGGUUUCGAAACUAAAAACAACAAAACGGUUGUGUUUAGACACUUGUUGGAAAUGGCAUCGAAAACUCCCGAUUACUUUACAGAUAGUCACAUUGAAAGAAUCCUCCCUCAUUUUUAUGAGUGGUUAUCUGAUAUCGAGGAUCUAUCAUUGGAGGAGUGUACAGACAAACCAUCCAUGAUUGACAUUGGCAACAUUAUUGACAACAGCAAUGACGAUGAUAAUAAUGAUGAUAGUAACAGUGAUGGUGGUGAUAGUAAUAGUGACAGUGACAGUGAAGAAGAUGAUGAAAUAAUAACAGAUUACUAUCGGGACUAUAACAAAAACUAUCAGCUGGUAGCAGCGGCUUCAUGUUUUCAUCGAUUUGUACAUACAUUUGGUCAAAAAGUUGCUGUCCCCAUUUUCAAGCAUUUUCUCAUCUUUUCAAACUCUCAACAAUCGUGGAAACAGAGGUAUGCAGCAUUGAUGAGCAUAACUAAAUUUAGUAAAUUCUUUAAAGAAAAAAUUGGUCAUAGAGAACAAUUUCCAAUAAUUUUAAAAGUGGCAUCAUUUAAAUGUUUAAUUCAAUUAUCGAUUGAUUUGUCAGAUUUGAUUGUUGAAUCAAGAUAUGAUAUAUUUCAAGUUAUUUUCCAAUUAAUUCGUGAUGAUCCAUAUAUAUUUAUUCAAAAUAGUUGUUGCUGGGUAAUUCAUAGAAUGAUGCUUUUAUUAAAACAAGACAUGAUAGAUGAUAAUGCUUUGGAUCGAUUAUUUAGUUCAUUUCAAAUUCAACUUGAAUCACCAAUAUUAUCAGUCACUAUGAUUACAAUUCAAUCCUUUAUGAUUGUUGUAGAUACUGUUAAAGAUAGAUUUAGACCUUAUUCACAAAGAUUUAUACCAAUUUUAUUAACAUUAUUAGAAAAACAUCAUACAGAAAAAGAAUCAUUCAAACUGUGUCAGAGUACAAUCAAGGCAAUUGCAAUCUGUGGUAAAGUGAUGGAAAAGAAGACAUUUUCAAGAUAUUUACACAAGUUUAUGAUGUUUGUUAAAAAGAAUGAAAAGGCUCUUGGGUCUCCGAUCUAUAAUGUAUUCAGAGCAUCUCAUUUAUUCAUUGAUGCUGUUGACAAGUCAUUUUCAGUGUAUUUACCUAUGAUUAUGCGGAUGAUGAUCAAUGAAUUAGAGACAACACCUUUACCCGAUUUCACAGAAUUGGAUGCACUCGGUUUGGUCGAAAUAAUGGGUAAAGUAGAAGAUGAAUCACUUUAUGAACCUUUGGCACCAUUUGCACAUAGAUUAGUUGGUCCAUUGUGCAACUUGUUGGAUGCUCAACCAAAUUCACGAGAUCAUAUCCAAAUCUGUUUACUUUUCUAUUGUUUCCUCGUGGAAUGGGAGCAAUCACACCUUUACACCGAUCAUAUCGAAGAUGGAUGUAUGGUCAUCAAAGCAAUGGGUAAAGAUGCAAUGACGAUUGAUCAAGUACAAUCGGCUUUGGAUAUAUUUGACGAGAUGGAUAAUAGGCUCUUUGAUAGAUUAGAUCAUAUUCGAGAUGGAAUCCAAUUAGAUAACGAUGACGACAACGAUGAUGAUGAAGAUAUUGAUGAAAUACUAGAUACUAUCUCCAAAAGUCAUUUGUUAAAAUACAACAGCACCAUCUCUACACCCCUCAUCACAUCCUCGAAUCUAUUGGAAAAGUGUUGUAACAAGUUGCGUGAUAAUGAAGUGAUUGAUGAUAUCAAGACUGGAAUUCUUGAAUUAUUGGCCAAUUACUGUGAGUAUGGUGGUGAUUUAGCCAUCAACUCUUAUCCGCAUAUCAUAACACAUAUUAUCAAGUGUCUAGAACAACAAGAAAAUGAAAUGGUCAAUGAUCGACGCUAA